CUCCAUCGUCGGGCCUCCGUCGUCCGUCUCGGCGGCAGCGGUGGCAGCGGUGACCUCCCGCCAUGGGCAACCGCGACGACGAGUACGAUUAUCUCUUCAAAGUGGUCCUCAUCGGAGACUCCGGAGUGGGCAAGAGUAAUCUCCUGUCGCGAUUCACCCGCAAUGAGUUUAACCUGGAGAGCAAGAGCACGAUCGGCGUGGAGUUUGCCACCAGGAGCAUCCAGGUGGACGGGAAGACCAUCAAGGCGCAGAUCUGGGACACGGCGGGGCAGGAGCGCUACCGAGCCAUCACCUCAGCGUACUACCGCGGAGCCGUGGGGGCCCUGCUGGUGUACGACAUCGCCAAGCACCUCACGUACGAGAACGUGGAGCGGUGGCUGAAGGAGCUGCGGGACCACGCCGACAGCAACAUCGUCAUCAUGCUCGUGGGGAACAAGAGCGACUUGCGCCACCUGAGAGCCGUGCCCACGGACGAAGCCCGCGCCUUCGCAGAAAAGAAUGGUUUAUCGUUUAUUGAGACGUCGGCUUUGGACUCUACAAACGUAGAAGCUGCUUUCCAGACAAUCCUGACAGAGAUCUAUCGCAUCGUGUCGCAGAAGCAGAUGUCAGACCGGCGCGAAAACGACAUGUCUCCGAGCAACAACGUGGUCCCCAUCCACGUCCCGCCCACCACCGAGAACAAGCCCAAGGUGCAGUGCUGUCAGAACAUCUAAGGCUCUUCGGCUCUCCCCCAGAAGGCUGUUGUAUAGUCCAUCGCCCGGCUCCGAGAUUUAAAUAUAUUUGUAAUUCUUGUGAUCACCCUUUUUUUUUUUUUCCCUCCCCUCUCCCCUCCUUUUUCGGUGUGUGUCCCAUGAUCUUCCCCUCUGAAUCCCUCCAUGACCUCGGUCUUGUUGAUUUGAGUCUUAUAAAAUCACCCACCCGCC